GGAGGAGCGAGAGGCUCAUAGUAGGCGUCAGAAUCCUCAAUUUCCAACUUAGCAUCCUGGCAGUGCACUCUCCGAAGCAAAGCCCCAAUCCGAGAGCAAAAAACUUGUCCCGCGCGCUCGGCAUGAGAGUCACAGCGCGCGCAGAGAGUGAGAGAGCGCCUCGAAAAUCCGCGUGCGAGACUGACAACGACUGAUUAACGAUUGCAAAGUCUAUGCGUUCGUCGUUCUCUUUAAUUAUCACUACUAUCAACGUGAGGAGGACGGGACGGAGGUCUGCUUACUCGGAACUCUAUGAGCGAGCGCAUAGAGCGCGUGAGAGUUUGAGGGAGAACAACUCAAGUGAGAAGCUUAAAUUUGGAUCAACACCAUGGCGUACCCUCAGGGCUACUUGUAUCAGCCAUCCGCCUCUUUGGCACUCUAUUCGUGUCCUGCCUACAGUACCAGCGUGAUAUCGGGACCUCGGACAGAGGAGCUAGGGAGAUCUUCCUCUGGCUCUGCUUUCGCUCCCUAUGCCGGAUCUACAGCGUUCACCAGCGCCUCGCCAGGCUACAAUUCCCAUCUCCCGUACAGCGCUGAUGCGGCCGCCGCCACUUUCACUUCUUAUGUGAGCUCCCCGUAUGACCACACGACAGGCAUGGCCGGAUCUAUAGGGUAUCAUCCUUACGCUGCUCCCUUGGGCUCAUACCCAUAUGGAGACCCAGCUUACCGCAAGAAUACUACCCGGGACGCCACAGCCACUUUGAAAGCUUGGCUUAACGAGCACCGGAAAAACCCGUACCCCACCAAAGGCGAGAAGAUCAUGCUGGCCAUCAUCACGAAAAUGACCCUCACUCAAGUGUCCACCUGGUUCGCCAACGCCAGGAGGAGGCUAAAGAAGGAGAACAAGAUGACCUGGACCCCACGGAACCGGAGCGAGGACGAGGAGGAGGACGAAAACAUUGAUCUCGAGAAAAACGACGACGACGAGCCAAACAAGCCCACGGACAAGGGAGACUCCACAGACACAGAGGCAGAUCAUAAACUCAUCAACCCAGGGGAGCUACCAUGCGACAGGUUUAAAGACGAGUCUCAUGCUAAAGAUCUUGAUCCACCUUUGACAGACUCGGAAUUAAAAGACACAGAGGAAAGGACGGAUUUCCUCGCCGAGCAAGUAAAACCCACCACCUCUUCUCCCUCCGUCCUACAGAGAGGGAAUGAUCUCAUUACGCAAGAGAAGCCCUCAGAACCGGGCCACGCUGCGAGCACGGGCAACAGCAACGUAACAUCUGUUAUUCAUUCUCCCCCUUCGGCGCCCAAACCCAAACUCUGGUCUCUAGCCGAGAUCGCCACGUCUUCGGACAGGUGCAAAGGGAGCAGUGAGGCUCCUCAGGCCGCGGGGCUGGGUCAAAGCACAGUCAUAGCCAGCGCUGCCUCGCCGACCCGGUCCUCCCCUCAGUGCCCUCUCCCUAAUAACACUGUCCUUUCUCGACCUAUUUACUACACUUCCCCUUUUUACCCGGGCUACACGAACUAUAGCACUUUCGGACACCUCCACAGUAGCCACGCCACCAACACCAGCUCUACGGCACAUUUCAAUGGAUUAAGCCAGACUGUUUUAAACAGAGCCGAGGCUCUGGUAAGAGAGAGCAAAGUAAGAAGCCAAACACAGGUAGAUCUUUGUAAAGACUCACCUUAUGAGCUAAAGAAAGGUAUGUCAAACAUUUAAUACCGGAUUCAUCGCCAGUCACACGGACAUUUAUUUAUUAUUUGUUGUUGCUUAAAGAAGAAGCAAAAGAAGACGCAUUAAGAAAAAAAAAAAAAAUCCGAGGACAAUUAUUUUCUGAGUAAAUGCUUAUCCUCAAAAUCUUAGUUUCUGAAUGGUUAAUCAAGAAGAUGUAACUUCUAAGAAUUGUCUUAAACGCUGCAGCCGCCUGAGUCUAUUUGUAUUAAAGACUAAUAUGUAUAUUUAAUGUAGCAUUUUGUAUUUAAAAUGGACAAUACACUAUCUUUGAAGUAAAUUAUGGAAAAGAAAA